GCCCCCUGCUGGCGCGCGUCUUGCUCCCGCGCUCCGCCCUCAGCGCAACGGACGUCGGUGUUGCGCCAGGGCGGCUCCAAGUCAGCGGAGCCAUGUUCCUCCUGCUGGUCCUGUUCACUGGCCUAGGCGGGCUGCACGGGGGCCGCAAUCCUCAUAAAACCUUUCUGCAGACCACAGUUCCUGAAAAGAUUUCAACAUCCGAGGCAAUAAAACAUCCAGAAACUAAUGUUGCUUAUAUCAUUACAAUAGAAGGAAAACCAUAUUUUAUCCAUCUCAAAAAGCAAUCAUUUUUAUCUUCAGCUUCUGUUGUUUAUUCUUAUGACAAAGAUGACACCCAACAUUUUCAGCCUUUGUUAGCUCAGAUGGAUUGCAAUUAUCAUGGAUAUGUUGCAGGUUUUCCAAAUUCUCUUGUAUCACUCAACAUUUGUUCAGGACUCAGGGGAAUAUUGCAGUUUAAAAACAUCUCAUAUGGAAUUGAACCAAUGGAAGCUGUAUCAGGAUUCAUGCACAUGAUUCAUGAAGAAAAAAAUGAUAUAACUAAUAUUCCUCUGUUAUGGGAAAAUGACACUUAUAUCUAUGAUAGCUCACAGUAUCAAGUCAGAAAAAGUUCAGAAACACCUGGCUAUUUCAAGUUAUUUCCCCAAUAUCUUGAUAUGUAUAUUGUUGUGGAUAAAAAUCUGUUUGAUUACAUGGGCUCUGAUGUAAAAAUUGUAACACAGAAGGUUAUUCAGAUCAUUGGCUUUGUUAACACUAUGCUUACCCAGUUAAAACUGACUGUUAGAAUAUCUUCCAUAGAGAUUUGGUCAAACAAAAACAAAAUUUCUACUACAAGACAUCCUAAUCAUAUAUUAUAUAAAUUUUUAGAAUGGAAAACCGAAUUUCUCUCCCAACCUCAUCAUACUGCAUACUUAUUUGCCUUCCAGAAAAGUCCUACUUUUAUAGGAGCCACACAUCCUGCAAAAAUAUGUGAUAAGAAUUUUGCUGGAGGAGUUGCUUUGUAUUCAGAGGGUUUAUCCUUGGAGUCAUAUGCUCUCAGUAUUGUGCAGUUGCUUGGCCUUAACAUGGGAAUGAGUUAUGAUAAUACUGAGAUCUGCCAUUGUUCAGGAGAUGUUUGCGCAAUGUCACCAAAAGCUGUGCUAUCUGAGGGUAUAAAGGAUUUUAGCACUUGUAGCUUGGAUGACUUUAAAUAUUUUGCUGCACAUUCUGGCCUUGAAUGUCUUCAUAAAAUCCUUCCUGUUGAGCCAGUUUACAAACAGAGGCAGACGUGUGGCAAUGGAAAGUUGGAAUCGGGUGAAGAAUGUGAUUGCGGCACUUUACAGAAUUGUACACAUCCAGCCUGCUGUGAUCCUAGAACAUGUAGAAAGAAAAAAAAUAAAAUAUGUGGUUCGGGGGAAUGCUGCACACGAAAUUGCAAGAUAAAACCAGUUAAUACACCUUGUAGGCGACCAGUUGAUGAAUGUGAUUUUCGAGAAUUCUGUGAUGGGACUAAUGCACACUGUGUGCCUGACACUUAUGCACGUGAUGGACAGAGUUGUGAUUCGGGCAACUCCUUCUGUUAUAAAGGACGAUGUCGGUCGUUUACCAGACAGUGCAGAAAAUUAAUUGGAGGAGCAUCUAGAGGUGCUUCAUUUGCUUGUUUUGAGGAAAUAAAUUCAAGAGGAGAUAAAUUUGGAAACUGUGGCCGAAAUUUUUGUUAUUACCCCCAUGUGUUAUGUGGAAAAUUAGUUUGUACCUGGCCUCACAAAGCUUUAGUAAGACGCCAAAAUUUAUCUGUGAUUUAUACACAUGUACGAGAUGACCUGUGUACAUCAACAUUUCUAACCACAGAGAGGACACCUAAAAAUACACUGACCACAAUUGAAAACCCUGAAGACAGAGAUCAAACAUUUGUAGAAGAUGGCACUGUGUGUGGUCCUGAAAUGUAUUGUCUGAGAUUUAAAUGUGUAGAGCUUAAAUACCAUGUCAAUUUUCAGAGUUGCAGUUCUACCAGAGAUUGUAAUUCAAAUGGAGUCUGCAACAAUUUUAACCAUUGCCAUUGUAGAAUGGGGUUUGCUCCUCCUCGUUGCAAGCCGAUGGCAAAAGAUUUUGGAAGUAUUGAUGAUGGACACAGGAGGAAAGUUGGUAAAAAGUUAUUGCUGCAGAGAUCUCUCAGUCAUCCAAAACACAGAUUUCAACUGAUUUUCUACACUUCUCUACCUGUGUUCAUCAUUAUUAUUGCUAUUAUAAUAAACCAGAGUAAAAUAAGGGAGCUGUGCUACAGAGGAGAACCUGAAAGUGAGAGGUCUGUGUCGGAAGAAAGCAGCAGUAACAGCAAGUUGUCACUCAGUGUAAGUUCCAACUUCCAACCUAUCUACUCUAACUUGAAUCCAGAAAAGGCUCUGAAUCAGGUCUUAGUCCCAGAGGGAAGAAUGCUUUCGCCAGGAAACACAACAGUGAUAUCUUUAAUUGGAAUUAAGACUGCUGCAUGGUUACUUCAGUUCCUCAUACCUCUGAAUCAAUAGGAAAACAAGGGAGGUAAGGUAUUGGCUGUGGUUAGUGAUCUUGACUACCAAAGGGAACUGGACUACUCAACAACAGAGGUAAGGAAGAGUAUGUAUGAAAUACAGGCAAUCCUGUGGAAUGUCUCCUCAUAUUACCAUGCUCUGUAAUUAAGGUCAAUGAAGAACUACAACUCCAUCCAGAAAGGAUUACUAAUGGUGCAGACCUUUCAGAAAUGAAGGUUUGGGUCAGCAAAGCAGCUCAGGUGCUUGAUGAAGUCAAAGGGAAUGCAGAGUGGAGAAUAGAAGAAGGCCUUCAGACUCACACUGAAUGACGCUACCAGUCGUUUCCCGGCUCUCCAGCUUGCAGAUGGCAGAUCUUGGGACUUCUUUGCCUCCAGAACCAUAUGAAAGACAUAAUGCACAGGUUUUGAAUCCCAGAUUUAAUUUGGUGAGAAUUGACAUCUUGGCCAUAAUAAACUUUCCAAUAGUGCUGAUACUUACACCUUGAUUGUGGCAUUUUUCUGGAGUACAGUCGUAAUUCAAGAAUGAAGAAUCUACACAUUUCUUAUCUUUGCAAACCUAAAAAGGAGAUAUCCCAAAUACGCGGGCCUCUCACUGCUGUGGCCUCUCCCAUUGCGGAGCACAGGCUCCGGACGCACAGGCUCAGCGGCCAUGGCUCAUGGGCCCAGCCACUCCGUGGCAUGUGGGAUCUGCCAGGACCGGGGCAUGAACCUUUGUCCCCUGCAUCGGCAGGCGGACUCUCAACCACUGUGCCACCAGGGAAGCCCUCAAGGUGGCACUGAAGCUUUGCUAGUAACGGGUACUGGAGAGCAUGGGAAGAGAGCUUUGCUAUUUGGUUCCAGUGUGCUAGCUUGGUAGGCUCCUGCACAGGGUACAGCUUUUUGCAAAGCCAGGAUCCCUCAGUGCUUGGAGAUUCUCUAGUACCCAGAUCCUUCCGUGCAUGGUGGUCUCUAGCACCCAUCAGGCAGAAGUAUCCUCCCAUCAUCUAGGCCGCUCUCCUUCCAUAGCAAAGUGACUUUGGUGAGACAUCUUAUGAACAGCUUUCCUGGCUACCCAAAGGACAGAUUUCCAGAGGGUUCUAAAGAGAAAUUUUACAGCAAGAUCUCUUGGUACAGCACCACAGUGACUUGUCCUAUUUGAAGAUCCAUGGUUGUGCCACUUUUAACAAUCUCAAAUCUGGGGCAAGGAAACUGUCUUCUUUACCCCAGUCCUGGGAUUGCUGGCUGCUUCUUGUAUCUGAUAUUCCUAUGACCUUUAGAGUUCUCUUUACUUCUUAUUGUUUUACUCUAAUCCUUGUUACAAUGAAUAAUUCUUUACAUUAAACUUCCCAUGUGUAAAUUACUGCAUGGUAUCUUUAGACAUAGACUAAAACAGUAUCUUAUAUUUUUAAAAUAUUUCACUGACUUAUCAUAUUUGUACUUUUUCACUGUGGUCCCAUAUACAGGUUCAUCUGUAUAAAUCAUACUUUAUAUAAUCAAGGAAAAAUACCUCUUCCUUUCCACUGCAUUUCAUCCACUUCCUUCCAAAUGUGGUUUGUAUUAUCCAGAUUGAUAAUGUAUUUAAUUCUUCAGAACCACCAGUAAAUUAUAUCAACCUUAUACAUAAGUUGAUUGGAAAACUUGGAAAUUAAUAAAUAAAUCAUUUUUAGGUCAGCAUAGGAUAAAAUUUUGAGAUGGAGGAAUCAAAAGUUUAUUAUUAUUAUUAUAUUAUUUUUCUCCAGUUUUUUUCUUAUUGUUAUCAUUGUCAUUUUUGCACUAUUUUCCUUUAUUAUAUCUUGUUCAUUCUUCUAUUAGCACUCAAAAAAGAAUGUGUAUACACUCAGCAACAGUAAGAAUGUUGCUGUUGUGUGUGGUCGCCUACAAACGUUGAUGAGAUCAAGUUGAUAGUUCUGCUCAAGGCAUCAACGUAUUUGCUGAGUUUCUUUCCACUUCAUCUAUCAAUUAUUGAGAGAGAAAUGUUUAAAUCUUCAAUAAUAAUAAUAAUUUACCUAUUUCUUUUUUCAUUUCUGUCAGUUUCUGCCUCUUAUAAUUUGAAGUCUAUUUUUAUGUGCAUACACAUUUUGGAUUGUUAUGCCAUCUGGUAAUUUUACUUUUUAACCAUUAUGAGUAUCUCUCUGUCCUGGAGAGAUCAUAAAGUAAACUGCAGAUACUAGGAACAAACUCUUUCUGUGUCUAACUGGUUGCUUUGUUUUCGUGUAGAUACAUCUUUAGUUAGUAAGAUAACAUAACUUUUAGGGAUGAAAAUCAUUUGUGGAAUUUAUGAAAAAUAGAUUUAUAUGCUUCUAACCUAAUUUAAUAAACUUUCCUGGUUUUUCCUACACUGACGAUAGGCUUGCAGCUUUGGCAAACAUGGCAUUUGAGGCCAGCAUUCAAUAACUUAUUACAUCCAGGUUAUAAAUAAAACAUCUUUGCUUUUUCUUUUGAAUUAUACAUCUGUCUCUCAUGAUUACCUCCUGGGAGGUAGGAAGUAGAGUUAGGUGUUAGGUAUGGCAGAAUUACUUAAAAUGCAGGUGCGGGAUAUUGCGGCCCUGUGCAUCUCGUUGUCUCAUUGUUUUACCUCUGUUUCUCUCCGUUUCUUUUUCACCACACUCACACACAAAAAAUGCCCCCCCACACACAUAUAUUGUGUGUGUAUACAUAAGUAUGUCUAUAAUAUUAUGUAUAUAUGCACGUAUGUAUAUAUCAUAAAACUUUUUGACAGUAUGCAUCAUUUUUAUAUUUGUAUAGAGAACUCCAUAGAUGAUUCACAUGUAUUUGCCUACUCUGUUAGGCAAAAUUUAAAGAACUCACCAUACCUAUUAUUUCUCCUGUUAAGAGCUUAGUCUCUAUAAAAAUGCUUUAAUUUCAAAGUAGUUGUUAAUUCGCUACAUAGAAAUCAGGAAUGCAAAUUAAAAAAAUAUAGGAAUUGGUAAGGCAGGGCAAAUGUAAAAAGCAAAACAGCAUUUCAGGCAUGGGUAUUCCUUGAAAUUCUAUGCACAUUUCUUUAUUAUAUUUACAGCAAAUGGAAAACUUUGUUAAAUGAAGCUCCAAGUAGUUGAAAAUUUAAUAUAUUCCUAAAUGUGCAUGAAAUUUAUGUGUAUUUAUUUGGUCCCUGAACAUACUUCAGACAAGUCUUUGGAUUUUCCUUUUCUUCCUAGAUUUAGCUUUCCUGAUUUAAGUCAUGUUUUUUCAUUUUAAGUAUUUCAUUCCAUAUUCAACCCUCUUGCCACAGGUACAUAAACACAUACAUGUGCAUCAUCAUGAAAUAAUAGCUUAAAUGCAUCACUAUCAUUUGUGGUUUGGUUAAUCAUCUGUGUCACAAAGCUAAUUCAAGACACAUCAUCAAAGGAAAUGGUUACAUUCAUGCCAAAACAAAACUCCAGCCUGUUAUACUCUAGAGACAUGU